AUCUCAUGUGUGAUCCUAGUUUUUGUAAUUGAAAUAUUACUAGUUUUUGUAUUUAGAUUAGUAAUAAAAAUGCCUAAAAUAAAGACAGAGAAAAAGUCUCGAGUCCAUAAUGAAAUUGCUAAACAAGGUAUACAGUUCAACAAAGAUUUCGGUCAACAUAUUCUCAAAAACCCUCUAAUUAUCACAUCUAUGCUUGAUAAGUCUGGUUUGAGGCCUACAGAUGUGGCCCUUGAAAUUGGCCCUGGUACGGGGAACAUGACCAUCAAAAUGCUGGACAGGGUGAAGAAAGUCAUCGCGUGCGAAAUUGAUACAAGACUAGUAGCUGAGUUACAAAAGCGAGUACAGGGAACACCUUACCAAGCAAAACUGCAAAUCCUAGUUGGAGAUAUUUUAAAAACAGAACUGCCAUUUUUUGAUAUCUGUGUAGCCAACAUACCAUAUCAAAUCAGUUCACCUCUAGUAUUUAAGCUGUUACUACAUAGACCUUUCUUUAGAUGUGCAGUACUUAUGUUCCAGAAAGAAUUUGCUGAUAGAUUGGUUGCUAAACCUGGAGAUAAAUUGUUCUGUAGACUAUCUAUAAAUACUCAAUUGUUGGCAAGAGUUGACAUGUUAAUGAAGGUAGGAAAAAACAACUUCAGGCCUCCACCAAAAGUUGAAUCAAGUGUAGUGAGGAUUGAACCUAGGAAUCCACCCCCACCAAUCAACUUUGUGGAAUGGGAUGGUCUUACUAGGAUAGCAUUUGUAAGAAAAAAUAAGACGUUGGCUGCAGCAUUCAAACAUUCUACUACUAUGGCUGUGCUAGAGAAGAAUUACAAAGUGCACUGUUCUCUUCAUAAUAAGGAGAUACAAGAGGACUUUGACAUAAAACAUAAAGUACAAGAAAUCCUUACCAAUGCAGAAGCUGACCAAAUGAGAGCCAGAACAAUGGACAUUGAUGAUUUUAUGAAAGUAUUACAUGCUUUCAACUCUGAAGGAAUACACUUUGCAUAACCA